AUGUCUCUGAAUCCGUCUGACGCAAGGGGCGUCAACUCGACCGCGGGUGAAGAAACUCAGCAACAAUAUGUAACUUUACUACCGGCUCAGAACAAUCAGCUUGAUGAACAGCAGCACGUUGUCUAUUCGGAGCAGACGCCACUGCUUCAUUCGGGACAUGGGCAUGUUUCUGCUUCUGCUUCUUCAACAAUGCAACACUGCUCAACUCAGCCAUGGUGGAAGACGGCGCAGCAGGUAUCCUGCGAUGUCUGGCUGCAGGGUAAGGGCAUGAUCCUGGUCAUGUUCGCGCAGUUCUUUGGUGCGUCGAUGAAUGUCAUGACGCAGGUUUUGGAAAUCAAGGGUCGUGAUGGGAAGGGGUUUCAUCCGUUUCAGAUCCUGUUCGCCCGCAUGUCUAUCACUGUUCUCGCUAGUUACCUCUACAUGUGGUACGCGCGAGUACCACAUCCGUUCGGAACGCGCGAAACCUUUACUCUGCUGAUGCUGCGCGCUGGAGGUGGAUUCUUCGGCGUCUACGGGCUCUACUACUCCGUUCAGUAUUUGCCGCUCUCCGAGGCGACCGUGGUGACUUUCCUCGCGCCGAUCCUGAGCUGCUAUGCUUGCUCGCUCUUGAUCCCCAACGAGACCUUCACGCGCAAGCAGCAACUUGCCGGACUGGUCUCGCUGGCGGGUGUCGUUCUCAUCGCUCGGCCGUUCCCGUUCAUGCGGUCGGGCGCCGACUCCGAAGAACCGGAGCAAGGCGAUAAGCCCGGUGCCACCGAUAGCUACCACCACGUGCUGGCCAUCGUGGUGGCUACGUUCGGAGUGCUGGGAGCCUCGUGUGCGUACACCACGAUCCGGAUGAUCGGACAGCGCUGUCACCCGCUCGUCUCAGUGACUUACUUUUCCUCAUUCACGACGGUCGUAGCUACACUGGCGAUGCUGGUCAUGCCCUCGGUUCCGCUGGAGCUGCCGGGAACGCUGUGGGAAUGGACGCUGCUUCUUGGGCUGGGUGUUAGCGGAUUCUUGCUGCAGUUCCUGCUCACGGCAGGUCUGGCGUAUGUGCCGCCAGUGCGGAAGACCAAGCCCAAGACUUCGGUGAACUGGGAUCGGGACUAUGGUACGCGCGAUGAGGAGGAGGAAGCAUCAGCAAAGCCAACAUCGUCUGGGUCGCGGGCUACUUUCAUGCUGUACACGCAAAUGCUGUUUGCCGUGUUCUACGACCGGGCGAUCUGGGGUAGUACGUUGUCGGCGGUGAGCUGGGCGGGAUCGGCGCUGAUCCUGGUGAGCGCGAUGUAUGUGGCCAUGGCGCGAGAGGGCGCAAAGGGAACCGCAUCCGAGGAGAAGGAGGGAGGAGAUCAAGAGGGCACGGACGAGAACCGGGCUGGAGUGGCUGCAGAAGCGCGUCUGGAGGAGGGCGGGGAAAGACAACAGAGCGGGGGUCGCGCAUGA